AUGGCUUUCAUGGGUGGUGAAUUAGAAAGAUUCAUAUUGUGGGUUGUGUUGUUGGCUGCAAUGGUGAUGUUAAGUCUUGAAAAUGAGGGUGAAAGGAGCAGUUUUAGUGCUCAAGUAAACAAUUAUAAGCACACAGUGUCACAGAUGAUACGGAUACUAGGAGACGACGAAUCUGCUUACAAACAUCUGAGCAAGUGUAUAUUUUCAGUGAGUGUUGGGAGUAACGAUUACCUUAACAACUAUUUCAUGCCUCUUUACUACUCUAGUAGUGCUCAAUUUACACCUGAAGAAUAUGCUCAAGUUCUCAUUGAUGAAUAUUCCCAUCAAAUCAGGACACUCUAUAGAUUUGGAGCAAGGAAAUUUGUAUUGAUCGGAGUGGGUCAAAUUGGAUGUACUCCGAGUGCAUUGGCUCAAAACAGUCCCGACGGCAUUACUUGUGUAUCCAGGAUUAAUUUGGCCAAUCAAAUGUUCAAUCGGAGACUCAAGACCUUAGUGCACGAAUUCAACAACUACAAAAACCAUGCAAAAUUUAUCUACAUCGAUGCUUAUUCCAUAUUCCAGGAUUUAAUCAACAACCCAUUAGCCUUUGGGUUUAGGGUGACAAAUGCAGGGUGUUGUGGAAUAGGGAGGAAUAAUGGCCAAAUAACAUGCUUGCCAUUUGAAAUGCCAUGUCAAAACAGAGAUGAGUAUUUAUUUUGGGACGCUUUUCAUCCAAGUGAGGCGGCGAAUAUCAUCGUUGGAAGGAGGUCUUAUCGUGCAGAAAAGCCAUCAGAUGCAUAUCCGUUUGACAUUCAUCGACUGGCUCAACUCUAA